GUCCGUUAUGGUGCCUCGCUUCGUAAGCAGGUCAAGAAGAUGGAAAUCACCCAGCACAGCAAGUACACUUGCACUUUCUGCGGUCGUGUAAGUCUAUGAUCUGUCGCCUUGCCCCAUAGAACACAUUGACGCACGUUGACGCAGAUUGACGCAUGGACUGGUGCUCUAGUAUGGCAUGGAAACAGGAUCCAGCGUGUUAUUAUUAUCAGGAGUGUGCUUUGAUUUGGUUGAAAGCCAUUUCUGGAGCAGGCCACUUUGCGAGAAACAGCGGAGUAGCAACAGCUUGAAUACUACACUCGAUAUUUUUUUGCUUUUUUUUGUUUUGUUUUCUGCUUCUAUUUUUUUGCGUUUUUUUCUUGCUUGGCGUUCCGUAUCAAUCUCCUUACGAUUCUUUACAGGUGCAGCAUGCUCAGCAGUGAUUUAUACAGCACUACUGGGAUCUCUAUGGGAUGUUAUACAUGGAUCAGGACAGGAGUCAUCAUCAUAGGAGUUAUGGAAUAGAAAAGAAGCAGAGAAGCUCAUCAUUGUUAUCUCUUGAAUAUGCUCUCGACAACGCAUAGGAUGCCGUCAAGCGUCUGUCUGUCGGUAUCUGGAAGUGCCGUGGAUGCAAGAAGACGAUGGCUGGCGGUGCCUGGACCUUGUCGAC